CCAGCGUCUCCCCGGUCUCCUCACAGUCACAGCCCCCGUCUUUCCCCGCAUGCGGGUAUGUGCGUAGCUUAUUCGUUUUCCAACCCGGGUUAGCGAUCGUGGGAACAGAAGAACCCGGCGGCGGCCUAUGGAAUGAAAUCGCGUAGGGGUUUCCGCUCCGGUGCACCCCCGCACCCCCUGGGGAUUAAAAAGGCGGGGUGUCGGAGAAUUAUGAGACAGGCUCUUCCAAGCCGCCUGCUUGCCGAGCGAGCAAGCGAGCCCUUCUGCACCAGACGGGACCAAGGCGCGCGUGCCGUUUUCCUCCCGGGUCGCCCUUCUCGCUCUCAGCCCGCUUUCCCUCCUCUUAAGGUGGCGCGCCGGGAUGUGGGCCGCUGCUCGGCGUCUCCUCCGCCUAGGGUGCCUUAAAAGCAAACCCUCCUCCUCCUCCUCCUCGCCUCCUUCCACCCAGAGCCGCAAGCUUCGAGGUGCGCCGAGCGGCGCUGCUUUGUAAGGGCGCCCGGCGAAGCGGCUGCGCUCCAGUCGGCGGGAGGCUUGGCCAGGAGGAGGAGGCGGCGGCCGCCCGGAGUUGGAUCGCGCGCAAGACGCCGCCGCCGCCACUGGGGCACGUGCUGCAGCCGCAGCCGGCAGACCUGUAGCCUUGCAGCCGGACGGACGCCUGCCUGCUCGCCUGCCCGCCUGCUUCCACGUCCUGGAGCAGGGUGCCGCGGCCGCCUUUAAGCGCCGGGAGAUGCCGGAGACCCUCGCCUGGGUGAUCUUGGAGAUCCUCGUCGCAACUUACCCGCGAAACAAGACGACGCAUUUAUUUCCUCAGGUUUGGUUUGGUUUUCGUUAGAGGGAUGUAGGAAGAUUAGAAAAGCUGGCCUCCAGUGUAUUCCUGGACUGCAGUUCCUGCCUAUCAGUUUGCAUUAAAGGCCUCCAGAGAAAGCACCGUCCCCCCCUGACAGACAGGAAUGUGGAAGAAGGCCUGCAAGGAAGUGCCAAAUGUAUACACUCUGCACCUGAGGAGCAUCUCAGAGGGCACCAACUCCUGGCAGAUCCCAGGAAGGCCAGGGGGCUAAACAAACCUGCCAGCUAGACUCUCUUCCUCAAAGCCAUUGGUGUCAAGGCAUGCCCUCUGUUGUGACAGAUAACUGGGAGAUGCCCGGACAGUGGGACAUCUCUGCAGCAUGCUGAGGAGACGUAACCUUCUCACUACACUUCUGAUUGCUUUGCCAUGGGGGCUUCUUCUUACAUUGUGGCAUCAGUACCCAACUACCCGCUACCUCAGCAUUCUGAGAAAGGAAACAGAUGAAAACGUGACGGCCAAAUCUCUCUUCAAUAAUAGCACAUCGCUCACAAGGGAGGAUGGACUCUCAUCAUGUGCUCGGCAGCCGGCUGUUGGGGCAGCUCCAAAAAUAAUCCGGAGCUAUGUGUACUCCAGGCCUCCUCCGUGGUCAGAGGCUCUGCCUUCCAUCUUUGUGAUCACCCCUACCUACAGCCGGCCAGUGCAGAAGGCUGAGCUGACCCGUCUGGCCAAUACUUUCCUCCACGUGCAGAACCUCCACUGGGUGGUGGUGGAAGACGCUCCCAGAAGGACCAACCUAGUAUCCAAUCUGCUGGAGAAGACAGGGAUCAAUUUUACGCACCUGAACGUUGAGACUCCUAAGAGUCUGAAGAACCCUUCCUGGCUCCCAUCUCACAAACCGAGGGGCACGUUGCAGAGGAAUCUUGGACUGCAUUGGUUGAGGGAGAAUUUCGGCACUACACCCCCUCCAGAGGGUGUGGUCUACUUUGCUGAUGAUGACAACACCUACAGCCUAGAGCUCUUUGAAGAGAUGCGCUACACAAAGAAGGUGUCCGUCUGGCCAGUCGCCUUUGCCGGGGGCCUCAGGUACGAGUCCCCAAAGGUGAGCCCGGCAGGCAAAGUGGUGGGCUGGAAGGUCGUGUUCGACCCUAACCGGCCCUUUGCCAUCGACAUGGCUGGCUUUGCCAUCAGCCUCAGGCUGAUCCUGGAGAAGCCUCAGGCCACUUUCAAGCUGGACGGAGUGAAAGAAGGUUACCAAGAAACUAGUCUGCUGAAGGAUCUGGUUACAAUGGAUGGAUUGGAGCCCAGAGCCGCCAACUGCACAAAGGUCUUGGUCUGGCACACGAGGACAGAAAGACCAACACUGGUUAAUGAAGGCAAACGCGGAUUCACAGAUCCAAGGGUGGAGGUGUAAUCGGGAAAUCACCUUAUUCUGUAGCAACUGUUCUCAUCUCUACACUUGCUCAGCAGCAAACUGAUGCAGCAAUGAAGAAUAACAUCCUACUUGUGUUCAUAGCUACCAGCUUCCCACGUCCCGAAAGCCAUGAAAGAAAGACAGAAAGACUGAAAGGAAGGGAAUGUGGAACCCCAAGUCCAGUUGCUUUGUACAAUGGCCAUUCAUCUUGCAGCUAGGAGAAAUUGUUUCUGCGUUUGUAUUUAUUUCUUGAAGGACUUUUAAAAAAUAUAAAUGUGUGUGUAUGUGUGCAUGCGCAUGCAUGCGCGCACACACACACACCCCUUCCAGGGCAAGGGAAGAAGAACCAGGCUUUCACUCUGGACAAAGCUCUUUCUGGUAACUUCGCAUCCUGAUUUUUGAAGCUCUGCAUUGUGAAGCAAUGGGAUGAGGGCUUCUGCAAAUCUGCUCCAUGCCACAGCAGUUCAAAAGGAGGCCGUCCCUGCAAUGGGAACAAUGGAAUAUGCCAACAUCACUUUGGGGGAAGAGAAGCCCUCAGAGUAGCUUAAAGCCUCAUUCAAUCUGAGGGGUUUGCCCCCCAGAAGAAUGCGGUAGGGCAGUUCAUGCUUGGAGGUACAUGUGGUUCAUUCUUUGGCUUUGUUGAGUUCUGCAUCAGUUCCCUUUACAGUGGUACCUCUGGUUAAAUACGCUUGAGGUUACAGACGCUUCAGGUUACAGACUUCGCUAACCCAGAAAUAGUACCUCGGGUUAAGAACUUUGCUUCAGGAUGAGAACAGAAAUCACGCUGCAGCGGCGUGGUGGCAGCAGGAGGCCCCAUUAGCUAAAGUGGUGCUUCAGGUUAAGAACAGUUUCAGGUUAAGAACAGACCUCCAGAACGAAUUAAGUACUUAACCUGAGGUACCACUGUAUAUAAGAUCCAAAGUGACACACAUGGUUCCAGCCAUCUCCAGUUCCUCUUGGAUCGGAAUGAUAAACUGAGCUAGAAAGUGGGUCCAUUGAACCCAAGAGCCUCAUUGUUCCAGUUUGCAUGUCACAGUAAACCAUAGGUAAUGGUUUGCUGUGAAUGCACAAAGGGGGCUGUUUCUCCUCCCCACUAGUGUAUGAAGAAAACAAACCAUGAUCCCUUGUUUAGUGCUAUAUCUGAACCAGGGAGGAUGGCUUGGUUUGCUGCAACAAACCAUGAUCAGUAAGCCAAGAAGAAGCCUUGGGUACAGAGCAUGAUUUAUUGGGAGUGAAACAAACCAUGGUCCCUGGUUCAGAUGUAAUGCUAAGCCAGUGAAUGUGCUUUGUUACUUGUCACUGAAAGCUGGGAGGGGCAAACUGGCUAAGACCAGCAUGUGCACAGGAAACUAUUAACUAUGGUUUACCAUGAUGUGUGAAUGACACCAUUGUCUAAAACCUAUCAGGAUAAAAUCCUUGUGUGCGGUAUUAUUUGGCUAAAUCUUUUUCACAGGAGAAGAUGCUCUGAUUCCAGAGCUUCCCUCUCCUUCUUCAAGUGGGUGAAAUCCUGGCUAAUAGCUAGGCAGGGGCUUCAUGAAAUUCCAUGGCUGGGAGUGUGAUACUGCAAUAGGUGGACUUUUGGUUAGAUACAGCUGGUCAGUUAUUCUAUUCUUGUGGCUUUGUAGAACUAUUACACAUUCUGGAACUGUCGGUGCACUCGCAUGAUCAAACUCAACUCAUUUCCUGUCCGGACAGCUAUGAACUCCAACAAAACCAACAUGUUUGGAGUGAGCAGAGAGCAUUCAGCCAUACUGAGCCAUUGACUCCAAGCUUUAAAUACAUGUGAUGGUGGCAAAAAAUGCAGCAUCACCCAGAAACAAGACUUGGAACCACUGGGGAGGGAAAUGACUACUGAAAACAGAAAUAUUCAUCCAUUAUGAGUGUUAAAGGGAAACAAAUCACCUACAAGUAAUUUCUUAUAUUUGUAAUUGGAAAAGUAUUGUCAGCACAUGAAUAAGGUAUGGGGCCAAUGUAGAGUCAAAGAAACAAAGAAUCGAUGGACCCAAAUACCUGAAAAGGUAGAAUGACAUGAUAGCACAAAUGUUUGUUUCUGUGGUGGGCUGUGCUCACAAAAGCCCACUGCUGGUGUUUUUACAUAUGUGUGGAAAUUCUCACACUCAAGAAUUAGAAGGACACUUUUUUUAGCAACUGAGCCACCCCUAAAAAUGAUUCAGAAAUGGCAGAAUACCGAUUUGUUUCUUAGCUUGUUUGUAACAUGGGUCUUUUCUGCCUAUGCCAUUUAUAUCAACCUGGGUCGCCUGGCGUGUUUUAUGGAAAAUAUACUUUCCCCCCCCCCUGCUCUUCUGAAUCUCAAUAGGGAAUAACCAAUUUUAUACUCUCCGUUGAAAUGUCAUAUAUAUUUCAUGCUCGCUGCAUUACGGGGGGGGGGGGGGAGAGAAGUGGUGUCUUAAAUUAGCAAAAUAAUUAGAAUCACAGUAAUGAGGAAAGUAUAAUUUAAAGGAGAAAGAGGCUAUGUGGGAGUUAAGGUUGGCAGGAAAGGUUUGUCAAGCUUUUUGAUUCCCUUGCCAGCUGCUGCUUCUGUGGGAAAUCAUGGAGGUCACCUCAUUAUAGAACAAAGAGAAUCCUGGGAAAUCUCAGAGAACAUUAGCUGUAGAAAAUAUUUGAAGACUGGGGACUAGGGCCCAUACUGAACCUCUAGCAUUAAGACCAAGCCACUUUUGUUCUUUUCACUGAGAGAAGGAUGAGGUCCAACUGAGAAGAGAAAUUAUAUGAACUUGGCACCUCUUUAA